GUCGCCACUGUAUCAAACGCAGCAGCUACGACCCAUUCAAACUUUUCCAACGGCGUGAAUUGCAGCGGGCAUCGAGUGGUUGCGAGAAAAACGGCGAAAAGCUAUUCUUUAUCAAUCUGCUUUUCCGCGUCAUGAUAGUACGACGAUAAUAUCUACGAUUGCACUAACGUCGAUAGAGAUUUUGUCACCCACUGUACGCAUUACCUAAUUGGCGCCCUACCAUCGCGAGUGCAUUCGCUGGCUUCGAGAGCGAUUCGUUUCACCUGUGCGCCCAAUUUUUCGACUGUUGUUAGAUUGAGCUUCGUAGAGGUCGUUAUCUACUACCGGCGCCGUGAUGCACCUCGCUAAGUUGCUUGUAACCGUUCUUGCCGUGAGCGCGCAUGGCGUCGCCACCCCCAUCGUGCAAAAUCCGCCCAGCGAGCUACCGGCUGGGGGUUCCGGAAGUGGGCUUAAGGUUGCGGGCUUGCGUACCUGCACCAUCCCCAACCAGAGUGAUAAGGGCUGGUGUGUGAUUGUCAGUGAAUGUGAGUCUUACGUGCGCCUUCGUAGCGAUUUUAAUCUGACCGCCGAAGAGGUGAACUUUUUGAAACGUGUUCAGUGCGAAGACGAUGGAAUAGAGCCACGAAUUUGUUGCCCCGAGGGUUCCGGCAGGUACGUAGAUCCUCACGUGCAGUUCUCGCGAAAUGAUCGGAAAGUGCGGCUUGAGGACAUGGCAAAAGUGCAACCCAAGAAGCACCGAAAGAGAACCGGUGCCCCGAAGUCGGGACCACCGGCAGGCAUCGGAUUGGAGGAAGAAUGCGGUAAGCAACUAGUAAACCGAAUCUAUGGCGGCGAAAUUGCAGAGUUGGAUGAAUACCCGUGGAUGGCUUUACUGGUGUACAAUUCAAGUAGCCAUUUAUCUUCCUUCCGUCAAUUUGUCGUCAAUCUAACGAGUCCCGUUUUAGACGAAUUCGGUUGCGCCGGGGCCUUGAUUAGUCGACGUUACGUUCUCACUGCCGCCCACUGCGUGUCCGGGGCUGUUUUCGAAGAGAAGAAAGGACUGAAGUCAGUGCGCCUCGGCGAAUACAACACUAACACCGAGCCUGAUUGCAUCCAGGAAAUUAAUCAUGUGGACUGCGCCGAUUCGGCCGUGGACGUAGCCGUCGAGAACAUCAUCAUCCACCCUGACUACAAUGAAUCCGCGCGGGAUAUGCAGCACGACAUUGCGCUUCUCCGGCUCAAACAGAACGUUCGAUUUACACAUUUCAUAAUGCCAAUCUGCCUUCCUGUCCAGAGCCACAACCAUUCCAUCACCAAAGCCAAAGGAGCGAUCUUCACGGUGGCUGGAUGGGGCCGAACGAACCUCUUUAACAAAUUUCGAUGGAACAUGGCCAGUCCAAUAAAACUGAAACUGCGUGUUCCAAUUGUCGACCGAGGGAAUUGCUCUCAAAUUCUGCAACCUUACGGAGUGAAGUUGGGUCCUAAACAAAUUUGUGCCGGUGGUGAAACUUCGAAAGACACAUGCUUAGGUGACAGUGGAGGUCCUUUAAUGCGAUUCGAUGAAGCUCUUUUGCGGUGGGUAACCCACGGAGUAGUCAGUUAUGGAUUUACACAAUGCGGUGUCAAAGGUUAUCCCGCCGUUUAUACAAAUGUUGCCGAAUAUAUAGAUUGGAUAUUGAAUGUAAUAAAGAAUUAAAACCAGAUUAAUUAUGUAAA